AUGGAGAACAAAGCAGCGUUCCUCAAUUGUACUGGCACGUCCUUAGCCAUUCAACAUGCACCUUUUCCUCGUCCCGAGGCGCAUGAAGUGCUCAUCCGCAACCACGCCAUUGCCAUCAACCCUGUCGACUACAAGAUACAAGAUACUGGUGUUUUGGUACGAAAAUGGCCAUACGUUUUGGGUGAGGACAUUGCCGGCGAGGUGAUCGAAGUGGGAUCUGCUGUCACCUCUCUCCAGAAGGGAGAUCGCGUUGCAGCAUUCGCGAUCAACAUUGUAACUCAAAAUCAGGCCAAUGCGGGUUUUCAGCUAUACACAACCACGCCUGCAUCGAUGGCGGUGCGUAUCCCCGAUAGCGUUGACUUCACGGAUGCCGUAGUGUUACCUCUGGGCCUAGCCACGGCGACUGGUGCUCUAUUCUCACGCGAGUACCUGGGUAUUGCUCCUCCACAGGCAUCGCUUCCCGUUCCAACUGGGAGCAAGGACAAGGUGAUCCUUAUCUGGGGGGGAUCGAGCAGCGUUGGAUCUUGCGCCGUCCAGCUUUGUGCUGCUGCUGGUCUGACCGUUCUCACCACCUCCUCAACUAAGAAUUACGUGUAUGCUAAAGACAUUGGUGCGGCCGAGACUUUCGACUACAAUGACGAUGAGGUCGUUGACAAGCUUGUGAAGGCAACGCGAGGGAAAGAAGUUGUUGGAGCCUACGAUGCUAUCUCUUCGGAAGCCAGCCUGGCGGCCUGCGUUAAUUUUCUCUAUGCUGUCGGAGGUGGCAAGUUGUCCCUCACACUGGCCGGAACAAAACUCCCGGACAUGCCUGAGAGUGUGAAGGCAGUCGCCGGGCGCCCGCCACUUCAAGGCCCCGAUGGUGGAGAGCCAAUCUGGAGGCAGGUGUGGAAAGAUUUCCUCGAGACAGGUCUGCAAAAUGGGAAGCUGAAAGCCAAACCUGAUGCUCAUAUACUCAAGGGUGGACUGGAAAGGCUACAGGAGGGUCUUGACCUGGUGCGAAAGGGCGUUUCUGCAAAAAAGAUUGUUGUCGACUUGGCAGAGUAAUUGUGCCAUUUGGACAGGAUCGUGAAAGGUACGCAUGGGCCAGAACAAGGUUUCAAAUUGUAUGCAAAGGAAAGAUUUAAGAUUAAGCACUAGAGACGCCUCUACCUAAACGCCAUGUGUAACGACUAUUUUCGUGAAAACCUUCUGCCAGGCACACGCAGCUUAUAUACGGUUCAUCUCUACAUCCGUAAUACUCACAUCACCUCUCGUUCUUGCCAUUUUUCGAUCCUGUUUCCCAGCUUUCUUUGCCGCCUUAAUCUGCUUCUUCUCGGCUUUCCUCUCUUUUCUGCUGGGGAACUCGCUCUCCGGGCCUUUCAGUGCAAGACCU